UAUCAUUCAUUCUGUGUGCACUCACACCUAUGUUGUUAAACCUGGACCUAGGGUGUGUUUGAGGAGACUUCUCCAAGGGAGAAGGGUGGGAAAACAUGGAUUACACUUUCACUAAAGCUCUUGAUGGAGCUCCAAGUGCAAGUGAUCCAGCAGCGGUCAUUCCCGGUCGUUUGGAAUCCCUCUCUGAGGAACCAGAACCUGUAGAACUGGUGAAGUGUGACGAAGGAAAGGGUCCUGCAGAAACUACAGAUGGCCUUGCGCCGUACUCGCUUGACAGUUCUUCAUCUUCUGACAGUGAAGAUGAAUGCAAGAAGACAAAGAAGAAAAAGCUGAAGAAAAGGAAGAAGAAGAAAAAGAAAGAUUCCAGCUCCUCUUCCUCAUCAUCUUCUUCCUCUUCCAGUAGCUCCUCAGACUCCGAUAGUGAUAGUGAGCAUGACAAGAAGAAGAAAAAGAACAAAAAGAAAGAGGUGAAGGAGUACGUGUGGGACAAUAUGAUCAUAACACCAACUGACGAACAAAUUGGACUUGCAGAGGACUUGAAGAUGAAGCAGAAUUAUAGCUCAUCUGAUUAUAACAAUGACAAGAAAGACAAGAAGAAAAAGAAAAAGAAGAAGAAGAAAAAGAAGGACUCCUCUUCCUCCUCAUCUGACAGUUCUUCCUCUGAUAGUGAAGAUAAAAAGAAGAAGAAGAAGAAAAAGAAGAAGAAGAAGAAGAAGAAGAAGAAGGACUCCAGUUCUUCCUCCUCCUCUUCUUCUUCUGAUAGCUCCUCUUCGUCAUCCGACAGCGAUGACAAGAAAAAGAAAAAGAAGAAAAAGGAUAAAAAGAAAAAGAAAGCUAAGAAAAAGGAUUCUAGCUCUUCAUCAUCAUCGUCAUCCUCCUCCUCCUCCUCCUCGUCAUCGUCGUCCUCAUCCUCCGAUAGCGAUAAAGAUAAAAAAAAGAAAAAGGAUAAGAAAAAGAAGAAGAAGAAGGAUGACAAAAAGAUUAAUGAGCAAGAACUCAGCGGGACUGCUUCGCUUUCUACAGUUGGUGAUGACACUACAGUUUCAAGUCUUGGAGAGACAAAGAAAGAUAUGACAAUUAAGUAUAAAUGGACAGAAGAUGGAUCUUUGGUCACCUUGCCGGCUGCAGAGGGAUCAGUGGCGGUGCCUUGUUGUAUAGAGGAGGGCCAUCUGAGCGACGACGAGAGAGAGGAAGGGGAUGAGAAAGACACGAAGAAGAAAAAGAAACUGAAGAAGAAAAAGGAUUGUAGUUCAGCUUCAGACAGUGACGAUGACAAAAAAGACAAAAAGAAAAAGAAGAAGAAGAAGAAGAAAAAGAAGGAUUCCUCCAGCUCUUCCAGUUCCAGUUCCUCUUCUUCAUCAUCUGAUAGCUCUUCCUCAGACAGUGAGGAUGAGAAGAAAAAGAAGAAGAAGAAGAAGAAAAAGAAGAAGGAUUCCAGUUCUUCCUCCUCCUCCUCCUCUUCAUCUUCAUCUGACAGUGACGAUGACAAGAAGAAGAAAAAGAAGUUGAAAAAGAAGAAAAAGAAGAAGAAAAAGAAGAAGGACUCUAGUUCGUCCUCCUCCUCUUCCUCAUCUGACAGUGAUGAUGACAAGAAGAAGAAGAAGAAGAAGAAGAAGAAGAAAACGAAGAAGAAGAAGAAGGACUCCAGUUCAUCCUCUUCGUCUUCCUCUUCCGACAGCGAUGAUUGCAAGAAGAAGAAGAAAAAGAAGAAGAAAAAGAAGAAGAAGAAGAAGAAGAAGGACAGCUCUUCUGAUGAUAGCUCUUCUUCCUCCUCCUCCUCCUCCUCCUCCUCAUCCUCGUCUUCAUCGUCCUCCUCUGAUAGUGAUGAUGACAAGAAAAAGAAGAAAAAGGACAAGAAGAAAGACAAGAAGAAGAAAAAGAAGAAGGAUUCUUCCUCUUCUGACUCCUCCAGUGAUUCUUCUAGUAGUGAUGAUGGCAAAAAGAAGAAAAAGAAGAAGAAAAAGGAGAAGAAGAAGAAAAAAGACAAGAAGAAGAAAAAGAAAAAGGACAAAAAGAAGGAUUCCAGCUCCAGCUCAUCAAGUUCUUCUGACAGUUCCAGUGACAGUGACAAGGAAAACAAAAAGGCCAAGAAAGACAAGAAAGAUAAAAAGAAGACUUCUUCUGGAAUUGAGGCUGACAAGAAGAAGAAGAAGAAGAAGAAGAAGACUGAAAUCCCUGGUUCCGAGCUAAGCGACAAACCACAAAUGCCGGUGUUAGGUCCGGCUGCUGGCGGGUAUUCAUCUUACAGCAGCAGCGGCUACAAGCCCGACUCUGGUUCUCCAGUUACCACUUUUUCGUCUCUUCCCUCCAAACCGAUUGUCAACCUGGACCCGCAGCGCCCUUCCUUCCAUUCCAUGUACUCGGUGUCCUCGCUCGGUGGCAUAGACAGGGUUUCUACUCUCAGACCUCUCAGCCCCAUGGAGUCUUUGAUGGGUAAUCCAAGGCGAUACAGGGACACAGGGACCCGGCCCACCUCAUACUUUAGCUCUACUGACCAGCUGAGAGACCAGAAGCCUUUCCAAUGAUGACACGUCAGAGUUACUUACUCAUCUUUAGGAAUCCAAGAAAAGAAAAGUGUGCUCCAGUAACAAAAUUCAAAAUGAUGUCUCGUUAUGCUGAGUUAAAGAACGAGUGUUUGGUGGCGAGUCAUUGGGAGGUAGAAAAAAAUCAGAUUUCUCAUUUCGAAAACAAUUCUGUAAAUCAUGGGAAAUAAUUCAGUGUUGUUUCAUGCAAUAAAUCAAUCUGAUUUUAUUUAGUU